GGUGUCAAACCAGCCUGAACAGAUACUCUCAGACAUCUCAUUUCUUCACCUCAUUCCUGAGACGGGACUCUGCCCACCCCUUGUGUAAAGCAAUUUAAACCUGAUAGCUCAUCAUCUCCACUGAAAAUAUUUGCUGGAGUAUUAGACAGUCGCUCUUUACUUCUUCCUCACAAGCACUUUGCCACCGUGCACAACCCGAGCCCGGUCAUGGCUUUUACGCGCAAACCUCCGUCCUCCGACUGUCCUGUGAUGGUAUAUUUUUUAUUCCAAGCUUGAUUUUGGAGUUUCAGCAAAUUCUGACUUCUCUAAUAUUUUAAUAUUUCUCUUUCAUCCGUGGAAAUGCUCCGUCCAGAACCAUAAAGGACCAACGUUUGCUUAAUAUGAACUUAUUGCCAAGUGGAAUAUGUUUUUAUUUAUCGGUAGCAAUCUGCUGGCUGACGGCCGAGGUCGAUGCGUCCUGGUGGUACAUGGGCACCCUGGGCUCCCAGGUGAUGUGCGACAACAUCCCAGGUCUGGUGAAUAGGCAGCGCCAGCUGUGCCGGCAGCACCCGAAAGUGAUGCAAGCCAUCGGGGCCGGGAUGAAGGACUGGAUCUCAGAGUGCCAGCACCAGUUCCGCAACCACCGCUGGAACUGCAACACCACGGCCAGGGACCACAACCUGUUUGGACGCCUGCUUCUACGCAGCAGCCGCGAGGUGGCCUUCAUGUACGCCAUCUCCUCGGCCGGUGUGGUCUACACUUUGGCGCGAGCCUGCAGCCAGGGCGAGCUGGACUCCUGCUCCUGUGAUCCCACUAAGAAGGGCUCAUCGCGGGAUGCCAAGGGCUCUUUUGACUGGGGCGGCUGCAGUGACCACGUGGAGCACGCCAUUCGCUUCAGCCAGGCCUUCGUGGACGCCAAGGAGAGGAAGGAGAGGGACGCCCGAGCGCUCAUGAACUUGCACAACAACCGAGCUGGCAGGAAGGCGGUGAAGCGCUUCAUGAAUCUGGAGUGUAAAUGUCACGGCGUCAGCGGGUCGUGCAGCGUUCGGACCUGCUGGCUGGCCAUGGCCGACUUCAGGCGCACUGGCGACCACCUUCGCAAGAGGUAUAACGGCGCCGUGCAGGUGGCCGUUAACCAGUACGGCACUGGGUUCACUGCCGCACAAGCACACUUCAAACGACCCAGCAAGAAUGACCUGGUGUACUUCGAGGACUCACCCGACUACUGCAUACGGGACCACGAGUCAGGGUCGAUGGGGACUGGGGGGCGGGUCUGUAACCGGACAUCUCGUGGCGUUGACGGCUGUGAGGUGAUGUGCUGCGGUCGAGGCUACGACACGUCGCGGGUCAGCCGGACCACCAAGUGUGAGUGCAAGUUCCACUGGUGCUGCGCCGUGCACUGCCGAGACUGUCACCAGCAGGUCGACGUGCACACCUGUAAGGGCCAGACGUGACCUCGCCGCCGCCAAACACUACUGACCGCUCGCCUUAACCCACCAGUCAUACUAGUCACCGUGUAGAAACCACUGCCUUUGUACUGGACUUGAGCUGUAAGGAUAUCUCUGCCCCCCCCCCCAGAGAUCGCCUGUCAGUCAAACAGCAGGUAGUCUCCUGAGCACCUGAAGGUGGCGCUCUUUUCUUUGUUCAGCACACGCUGUCUUUCCUCUGCUCACGCUAAUUACUCCUCUCCGGUUUCUUUCAAACGAAACAAGAAGGUAAACACACAUCACUUACUGCCUGCUGGGGGGGGCUGCCGUCAAAGAGCUUCCAGAUGAUUAGAGCAGAAAAUGGAAACGCUUUCAUCAACAUGUUAUAUGUUAAAUGACUAACAGUGGUGAGCUGCACAUUUAUUUCAAGAAAUCUAUCAAUCAGACUAGUUCAUUACUUUGUACAGUGAAGCCUGGUUUUCAAAGGCAAUCAGCCUUUUCAGUCGUUCCCUCUGGGCAGACAUUUCCUCCAGUUCUUUUAAUCUUAAAAGCCAUUUUUGAACAGAUGCUUAUGACAGAAACAAUCUGGUGUAGAAACUGAUGUGGUUUUAAGUUUCAACCCCCUGUAAAAAAACAGUAAAGGUCUGACACAAAAAUACACUGAAAAUAUAUUCUAUAAUCUAUCGUAGUGUUGUCAAAUCUCUCGAAAGAAUUUCAAGUUUGGUUUGUCCCUUCUGGGCUGCUGUAGAAACAUGGCGGACUCUAUAUCUGUAGAUAUUAAAGGCUCAUUCUAAGGUAACAAGAACAUAACAAUUGCUAUAUCCACGUGAUUAUACACUAAUGAAAACAUACGUAUGAAUAUUAGAUCCU